AUGUCCACGAUGCCACCUGUCUCCUCCAUAGCCUUAACGCGCCCCAGCCUGACUAACAGCAGCAACAGCAGCAACAACAAUCAGGUCUACUUUCCAGCGACUAGCCGUCAGUCUCAACAGCAUCAGCAACAACAACAGCAGCAGCAAACGCAAGCACUGCAAUAUAAACUAUUCGGCAACAACCGCGUAAUUCUUCUCAAUCGCCAAACCAUUCUAAGUCAACUCUUCCCCAAUCGUCAGUGCCCCACAGAUAACUUCUGCCGCUACAUCUUUCGCCAUUGUACGCAGAACCGCCUUGAAGGUUACAACUUUUGCAUUCGUCACAUAUUAAACGACAAAAACGCGCCUUUUAGUUAUUGCAAGUAUACCAGCAGUAUCACCGGCAAUCGCUGUUCCAAUGCGGUUAAACGAGUUGAUCGAAGAGAUUCAGGCCUCUGCCAGUGGCAUACUAAAAAGAAAGGGCUCAUGGAACAAAAGGCUUCUAUGGAAAAGCAGCUGUCCGCUUUAAUGCCAUUCACUGCGAGUAACGACACUCCGAGGGAAGUUAACAUAAAGCGAAAGCUUGAAGAGCUGGAGCACUACUGUCCCGAAUACCAUGAUCACCGACGGAAGGCAGUCGAUUGGGAGCUACCCGAAGACAAGUGCAUUACGGCGUCAAAGUCAAUGAAAGAUAAGAUAAAUGAAUCAAUAAUUAAAUAUCAAAACAAAUUAGAAAAUGAAGAUGAAGCCAGCAGUAUCACGCUUGCUGAAACGCUCAACUUGGAUUCAGUCGACUCUGAUAAUGAAAGUCCCGAAAGUUACAUGGACGAUCCACUAAGACAUGCUGGCGUUUACACACCCGAAGAGAUUGCCCAUAUUUUGCGUGAUAAAAUGCUUCGACUUCAAACGCUGUACGUCAAUUUUCUCAAUUACUAUCGCUACUUGCUUAAGAAAAAAAUGAAGGAGUACCACACCAAUUUGAGACUUGAAAGAGAGAAUAAUCUAACCGCCAGACUCAAUGAAGAGAUUGCCAUUCAGAUGAAUGAACACGAAAACUACAAAAUUCUUAAAGCAAUGCACAAGUACCACAAUAUCUCAGGGCAUGAAAAGAUAGUAAAAAAUGCCGCUACGGAAAUUCGACGGGCGCUUGUCGAAGAACCUGAACAGCCUUCUACACCACAGUAUCCAAAGUGCAUUUUCAUAAAAGAUUCCAAUUCCUGCAACCAGCGAUGCUUACCCUUAUCAAAGUACUGUAAAGCCCAUGUGCUCAAUGAUCCUUACCAAGUUCUCUACCGUCCUUGUGCUUGUGGAUCGCCUCUCUGUCUUGAACCUGCCAUUUCGUACGUUCACAAGAACAGCUGUGUCAGGCAUGUCCAGGCAAAGAUGGAAUUGGCUGAAAUUGGCAAUGUUUUGAAAAGUCCACCUAAAAGAGAAGUUGAGCCUCAUGAUAUUGACACAACUGUCCGUUCAAUGGAAGAAAGUUUUUUGAAUGAUCGUGAGCUUUGUCGCCACUCUCCACUGGAAGAAGACAUAGAUAUAGAAAUAGCUACCUGCGACACCAUUACAGACAAUCUGUACGCCAUUGAGAACUAUGAUCUCAGUAAUAAUGAUCCUGAUGUUUCGACUUGA